GCUACUACCGUCAUUGUUUACUAUGGUAAGCUCAUCACGCUCGUUCUUAAGAAGGUGGCGGCCCUCACUGUCACGACAUGUGUUGUGUCUAUUGCUCCUCCUCUUCAACUGCACUGUUUUGGUUGGAGGAAACAUUCUUGGUAUUGACAUAGGGAACCAGUACUUCAAGAUUGCUGUGGUUAAGAGAGGGAAAUUUGAGAUAGUUCACAAUCUCCAUAGUAAACGGAAGACCCCGACUGCCAUUAGCUUUGCGGAAGAUGUCCGAUCGUAUGGCGAUGACGCGGUGGCUCAGUUUGCGAAGAAGCCAGAGCAAGUGCCGAUGUACUUCCUGUCAUUGCUUGGGGGUAACUUCACAUCAGAAGAGGAUAUGUCUAUUGGAUUGCCGAGUAAUUAUUACCCUUAUAAACUUGGUUAUGAUGCUAACGGGAGGAAGGCCGUAGCAUUCACGAGUAUAAGCCCGGACACUAGUAGUUUGGAGUCGGGUGAAGGGGAGGAGGAGAGCUUUGGGACGGGCAUGGCCUCUGAAGAGGUCACCGGGCACUUGUUGGCCUUCGCUCGCCAUCUGGCUGAGAUAAGUGAUGAGGAUCACAUGUCCUCUAAGGGUAAAGGAAAGGCGGCUCGAGCAGCCCAUGCCACUGAGGCUGUUAUUACUGUCCCGUCGUGGGCGUCUCAGAGGUAUCGUCAGGCAGUGUUGGAUGCUGCCGAGAUUGCUGGUUUUGCUCGAACCACUCUGGUUCACGAGACCACGGCUGCUGCGGUGCAGAGAGCAGUGGAUGUGAAGUUUGAUAACGCGGACACUCUACUCACUUUGUUUGUGAACAUCGGAGCGAUGCAGACGGAGGUAUGCGUGGUUCGUUAUACUAAGCAUGUUGCCGCUGGCAACGUGACGGUCCCUCAUGUCCAUGUGCUGGGCUGUGCACAUACUGCAGAGGUCGCAGGGCACAGGAUAGACCUUUUGAUAGCCGAUCGAAUGGCGGAGACAUUCUGUGAAAAGAACAGGAAGUUGUGCAGCGGCUUCAAGAAGAACACUAGAGCAUCGGCUAAGCUGUUGAAGGCUGCCAACAAUGCUAAGCACGUCCUCUCAGCUAAUAAGGAAAUGGUCUUCCAGAUAGAGAGUCUCUAUGAGGAUACUGAUUUUAAAACGCCUCUGACGAGGUCUGAACUUGAUGAGAUGAUGGAUAAGGCGGGAAUGGAGGCAGCUUUACAAGCUACGAUCCAAGCAGCAUUGGUGAAUAGUAACGUCUCGGACAUGAGGGAGGUCAGUGAGGCGGAGGUGAUCGGAGGCGGCUGGAGAGUGCCUCGUCUCCACAAGGUGGUGGCGGACAUUGUUGCCCCUGCAGAUCUGGGCCAACAUCUCAAUGGGGAGGAGGCCAUUGCCUUUGGCGCGGCUAUGAUUGGUGCAAACUCGAGCAAGAGCUUCCGAGUUCGCAAGAUGUGGUUGACCGAUACGAAUUCGGAGCAUGAGUACAAGGUGAUGUUGACACCGCUGAACCCUUCGGCCUCUGUUGAGAGUGGCGGCGGCGACUGGCAGAGGGCCCAAGUUCUGGCUUCUAAGGGACACAAGCUUUCCUGGAAGAAGGCGGUAGGGGAGGCGGCUGAGGGCGGUCUCUGGGGGAGUGUCUUUGACAGGUUAAGUUGCAUGUUCCCUUCGAUCUUAAGCUGA